ACCGCUCAAGGUCGUCCAUGUGACAAGUGGUGUCAGGAGUGGGAUGUUCAUGCCAGAGAAGAUGAUGACCAGAGGAGGAAAAAAGCCAGCCCAAGAGGGAGAGCCUGAGGAAGGAGCUGGAGCUUCCUCUGAAAUGGAGACAAUGGCAACAACCAACCCUGAAGAUAAGUUGGAGGAACUGGCGGUGAUGGUGAAAUCUAUGAUGCGGUCUCAAGUGGCUAGAGACCUGAAGAUUGAUAAAGAUUUUUCCCGCCAGGAGCAGAGGUGGAAAAGCAUACAGCAUCAAUUCCAACAAAUGCAGCUUCAAGUGCAUGCUGUACUUGGAAAAUCUGAUGUAUCAGAAGCACAUCUUCAACCCACGACAUCUGAAGCACCUACAGAAGAAUCAGAUGGUGGUGAUGUCCAGCUGGCUCGUGGUUCCAGGACCAUAAUUGAACCAAAGUUUCUUCCCUUAUCCACGGAUGAUGACAUUGAGCAUUUCCUGACGACGUUCGAGAGGAUGGCCCAGGUGUGUCGCUGGGCUAGAGAUGAGUGGGCGGUUCGUCUGGUCCCUUUGUUGACCGGUAAGGCCCGCACAGCCUAUGUUCUAAUGGAUAUGGCUGACUCUGAGGACUAUGAAAAAGUGAAAGAGGCAAUUCUGGCAAAAUAUGAAAUCACUGCUGAUACGUAUCGACGCCGCUUCAGAUGCCUGAAGAUUGAAGCAGAAAUAUCCGAGCAGAUAAUUCUGGAGCAGUUUUUAAGAAUGGUUAAUCCAGAGUUGGAGAUCUGGAUCCGUGAGCGCGACCCGAAGACGGCAAAAGAAGCAGCUACUCUUGCAGAGGUCUUCACGUCAGCCAGGAAGGGGAGCAAGAGCACCUAUUUUGGCCGAGAGACUCACUAUGCCCCAUCAAGUAAGUCCACUGGGGGUGAACAGGGCUCUGGUCAAAGUCAGGCUAGAAAUUUUUCUAGUUCAAAGCAGCUCCCUUCUCAAAGACCUCCUAAUGUAAAAAAGUCAUUUCACAAGUCUUCUGCGCAAGAUAUUAGAUGUUACAAUUGUAAUGGCUUUGGCCAUACGCAACAUUUUUGCCCCGCCCUUAAAUCAAAGCCAUCACUUUUGUGUUCAGUGCCAAGACCAGCUAUUGAGGCUGUGCAAAAGAAGGUUUGUACAGUUUCUGUUCUAGUGAAUGGGCAAAAAGAAGAAGCUUUGCUUGAUUCUGGGUGCUUCCAGUCUCUAGUGCAUGCUAGCUUAAUCUCUGAAGAAAAGCUAAGUGGGGUGGGGGUUAAGAUAAAAUGUGUACAUGGAGAUGAACAUGUCUACCCAAGUGCUGAGGUGUAUUUGACAGUGGGAGGUCAAACAUACUUGGUACAUGUAGCUGUAGUUCCCUCUUUGCCGUACUCCGUUAUACUUGGUAAUGAUAUCCCCACUCUUUUUGACCUUAUUCACCAGUCAGAAUAUGAACCCAAAGGGCUUACCAACAGAGAGGCCCAGGAUUUAUGCCCAAAAUCUGAUAUACCAGUAGAAUCACUGAAACCUUGUAAUAUAGUCACAAGAGCUCAAAGUGCAAAGACUGUGUUGGAAGAGCUGCCUUUUUAUGGGGAGUCUCUGGAAAUAGAGCCGGGAAAAACUAAAAAGUCAAGAGCUCAGAAAAGAAUGGAGAAAUUCAAAGGCUCAGGUGAUGAAGGGAUAGGACAGUUGUCUAAGCCAAAUAACUUGUUGGAGUUUGACAUUCCCUCAGAUGUAGGUGCACUCCAGAGAGAUGAUCCUACUUUAAAACCGUGGUUUGAAAAAGUAACUGGGGGGGGGAACUCAUCAGCGCCGGUUAGACUUCGUGGAAGAUGCAGUUUACAUUAUUAAAGGAGGCAUUUUGUAUCAGAAGAAGGGACAGGGUGACGCAUUAGCCCUUCCACAACAGUUCAGGUACAAAGUCAUGGAGCUGGGCCACUCAAUUCCAUGGGCAGGUCAUAUGGCUUUUCAUAAGACGCUGAGUAGAAUCAGUAGCCGUUUUGUCUGGCCGGGAAUGUAUACCCAGAUUUCAAAAUUUUGUAGUUCCUGUGGAAAAUGUCAGUUGACUUCUGGCAGACGAGUAACCCGAGCCCACCUACAGCCGCUGCCAAUUAUUGAGACACCGUUUGAGAGGCUAGGCAUGGAUAUUGUGGGUCCAUUAGAGAGGAGCUCUACAGGUUGCCGUUACAUAUUGGUGAUAUGUGACUAUGCGACACGGUACCCUGAGGCUUUUCCUCUCAGAUCCAUUAAAGCCCGACAUGUUGCUAACUGUCUUCUGCAGUUGUUCUCUAGAGUAGGAAUACCAAGAGAAAUUCUCACAGAUUGCGGAACAAAUUUUUUG